UCUGUUUAUUUUAAUCAUGAAAUCUUUUUCAACAUUCUGUUACUUAUUCUAGGUGAUGCGCGGAAAUAAUUUGAGGUUAACAACAAACAAACGUCAAGCUAGCCCAGUGACGGGAGACGGGCCGGGUUUUUGGCGCAUGUGUAGCGAGAGAGCAGCCGAUAAGUCUGGUAUUUUGACGCUGAAGUUGGCCAAAGUGAGUGAAACGUGCUAGAGAAUUUUGCCGCCUUGGAUUGGACACUACUGGACGUUGUAUAAACAACUGAAGAUUCAAAUUCCUUCGAAUUUAGCAAUCUAACGAGUUUCCACAAGUCCUGUAGGAGGUAGCACGCUUGCGGGCUUCGUACUUUUGCUCCUUCCUCGCGAGAACAACCAUGCAACCGAGUUCGAUCCGACGUAGAUCGUCCAGUAAUCCCGUAAGGAAGUCCACGGUCGAGCGGGAGGACAAGAACUUCCCUCGGAAUGAUCAACGAAGGACGUCGAAACCGAAGGGUAUCUCGACCGGUGAAACCUCCCAUAUACCCAGGGCUCGUUUUCGAAGCUUCUCCAGCGACCGAGCGGGAUCUCUCGGCAGAAAAUCUUGUUUGAAAAUGACAGGCAGAACUCCACUACAGCAACCGACAACUCCAAUACGUACCCCAGUGAGACUCUCCACCAAGCUUAGUGUGCCAAGCGCAGCGUUUACGUCAAGUUGCAACAGACUUCACACACCGUUGUCAACUGAACGAUCGCCGUCUGGCGACCGUGGUAGCAGCGUGGGAAUUAAGGGUCCCAGGAAGGAUACAAGGCCCCUGGCGGACAAGGCCUAUCAGAUGGCGAUGUUAAACAAAAUAGAUUCGUUCUUUUAUGUAAAUCAGUGCUCGACGAUGCUAAACAGCAACGGCAGUUUGAAGCCGCUUACAUUGAAGAUGUUCAUGGAGGUCUCCAGCUUCUUAUUGAAGUACUUGGAUGUCAAGCACGAUCUCACAAUGACAAAUUACACAGAUGAAUUACCGAAAUGUGCGAAGAAGCUACACUACCCCGGUAUGAUGACAAAAUCGUGGCUGAAGACUGCCAAUACGAUGCACUCGUGGCCCCAUGCUCUUGGUUGGAUCAGCUGGCUGGUGGAAGCGUGCCAGGUGAAAGAACUCGCGAUCAAGAGAUACCAACUGGAAACUUUGCCGUACGUUGGAACGCAGCAUCAGGAGGCAGGUUUCAACAUGGAGUUUCAAACACUGUUGGAGUGCUACAGAGCUUGGAAUGACGAAAAACUUGAUGACGAAGCGGAAAUAUUGGAGCAAUAUCUGAAGAAUGUUGUAAUUCAACAAGGCAUUACCGAGAACGAUUUAGUUCAGGCGCAUAAAGAAUUGGAAGAGAAAGAAAUUGAGCUACAAAUGCAAGAAAAAGAGUCAAUAGAAUAUGAUAAAAAGAUUGAACAGCUACAGCAAAAAUUAGCGCUUUUGCAGGCCAAAGAAUUUACAAAAUUAAAUCAUCUUAAAGCCACGGAGGAUAAUAUAAAUAAGCUUUGCUCCGAGACACAACAAUUAAAUACAGAAUGUAAGGCUUUGAAUAAACAAAUUCAGAAAGGAAACAUACAGUACAAAGAAUUGCAUUCAAUUGUGAAGAAUCAACCAAUGUCUAAGGCUGAAAAGGAAAGCAUCGUUAAAGAGUGCAUGGAGAUUCAAAACUACAUACACCAAUUUGACGAGCACUUGAAUGAGUACCAAAAGGAAGCGUACACUUUGGAUAUCAAAUUAGCGAACCUCAAUAGUAGUCUUAGUAAAGCAAUAUUAGCCCAUAAUAAAAAGGUCUUCAUGGACAGUGAUAAUGAUGUUGGUCUAAAUUUCGCUGAAUUAAAGCUCCCGGAAAAAGAAUUUUUGAAUUUACAGGUAACGGCUAUAAUGGAAGAAAAGGUCUCUUUGAUAAAAAUAUUCAAGGAAACUUUGACGAAGCAGUGUGCCGAGAUAGAUUCUUGUAUUCGUUCUGAAAUCAUGAAAAAGAAGAAAGUGCAGAAAGAAAUUGAAUCUCUCCCGAGUAAAGACAAAUUGCAGAAAGAGAUCUCUGUCAUUAAUAAAAUCAAGGCAGACCUGAAAACCGAGAAAGCCAGCUAUAAGAAAAUGUUAGAAACUGUAAGAAUCGAAAUUAAAGAAAUGUGUGAUGCGAUGACAGAUCUACAAGCAAAAGAUCUCGAGAUAGAAGAGGCACAAGACAAAUUAGAUGCAGUUAUAAGAAGACAUACCUUUCUGGAACAAAGAGCCAAACAGUUUUUCGAAGAACUUUAUAAAGUCAUCGGCGAACAUAGAAGAGAGCUUCAUAAUAUUUUAGUAAAAGACAGAACGAAAUAAAAUUACAUCUCUGUUCUGUUUUCUGUUCAAAUAGCUUUAUAUAUCCAUCCGUAUCUAUCACAUUAUUUCUUUUUUUUUUAAGGCAAGUUUCAGCAUUAUCUAGGGCGUUUUCCAGCAAGGACACAAUGUAACACUGUGAAUCAUUACAUCCUUGUUCGCCAAUGUUAAACAAGGAUGAAACGAUUCACUGUGUUACACUCUGUCCUUGCUGGAAAACGCCCCUAAUAAGUUAUAAACGCGCGCGCGUGUACUAUUUUUGUUAUAUAAGAUAAUGUGAUGAACAUAUCAUUAUAUGUAUGGUUAUAAUCUAUCAUAUUAUAUAUUACAUGGUUUUCAGUAAAAUGUUGUAAGCGGGUAAAAUAUCAACAAUGUACAAUACUCAAAUAUGUUAUUAAAAAGUUUAAGAA